AUGUUUAAAUCCAUUAUGUGUAUUAAUUACCCACUUAUUCUUAAAUCCCACUGCAAAGGGUGUGGGAUCUCCUGCAGUGAUAGGGCUGAAGAGGAGAUGGAAACAGUUAAUGACAGCACAGGUGGGGAUUUCAUCUUAGUGGGCUUCUCUGAGCGGCCUGAGUUAGAGCUGAUUCUCUCCCUCUUUGUCCUGACAUUCUACACAAUAACCCUUGUGGGCAACAUGGCCAUCAUCUUGCUCUCGAUCCUGGACACUGGACUCCACACACCCAUGUACUUCUUCCUUAGAAACCUCUCUGUUCUUGACCUCUGCUUCACUACCAGCAUUGUCCCUCAGAUGCUGGUGAACAUGUGGGGUGGCAACAAGAAGAUUAGCUAUGCUGGCUGCAUGGUCCAGUACUGGGUGGCCUUGGCACUUGGCUCCACUGAGUGUGUUCUCCUUGCAGUGAUGGCAAUAGACCGCUAUGUUGCAGUUUGCUGGCCUCUGCGCUAUGUCUCUAUCAUGCACCCCAGGCUGUGCCACCUCCUGGCAGCAGCUUCCUGGUGUUCUGGUUUUGCCAACUCCUUUCUACAGUCCUCAAUGGCCAUGGUGCUGCCUCGAUGUGGAAACCGGAGUGUGGACCAUUUCUUUUGUGAACUGUUGAUCAUUGUUAAACUCUCCUGUGUGGAUACUGGCCCGACAGAAUCUAAAAUGUUUAUAGCCUGGCUAAUCAUCCUAGGCAUGCCUGUCUCCAUCAUCCUGACCACUUAAGUGUGCAUCGCCAGAGCAGUAGUAAAAAUGCGCUCAGCAGAAGGAAGGAAAAAGGCCUUUGGGACCUGUGCCUCCCACCUAAUGGUAGUCUCACUCUUCUAUGGGACCAUUAUGUUUUUGUAUCUGCAGCCCAAGGACAACUACUCCCAGGACCAGAGCAAAGCACUGGUGGUGCUAUACAUGAUCCUUGCUCCCACACUCAACCCUCUGAUCUACACACUGAGGAAUAAGGAUGUGAAGAAAGCGGUCAGGAGGUUGAUAGGGAAGGAACAGGUAUAG